GGGAUCGGUGACAGACCCUGCAGUCUGCACAACAGAUGCACAAGCAGCCACCAGCUGUUCCCAUCGCCGCGCAUGGGCUGCUGCUGGGUCCUAAUGCUUGAAUGUGCAGGCUGGGCUGGCAGGUGCUGCGGGGCGGGAGUGAGGGGCACUCUGGCAGCUGGAGGUGGGGGCGGAGGCUCGGAUAACAUGGAGGGCCCAGCUCACGGCGGCGCUAGGACUCCGCACCUGUCCCAUUGUCCCAGCAGACGGAGGGGCGGCGCCUGCCCAUUGUCCCGGCGGGCCGGGUUGUGAGGCGGCGCUAGGACCCAGCACCAGCCCAGCACCCAUUGUCUCGCGCCGCGGGCCGGGCUGGGAUGGGGCCGGUGCUGCUGGGACUCGCGCUGCUGCUCCGGGCCGGGCUGGGUGCGGGGCCGCUGCGGGGCUGUUCUGAGACUCGCCGGGCGCUGGGCGCGCGGGGGCUGGGCCUGGGGCCGCCCGCGCUGCUCUCAGGGGAGCACCUGCGGAUCUGCCCCCAGGACUACCCCUGCUGCUCCAGCGACCUGGAAGAACAGCUUAGCCGGCAGAGCGAGAGUGACUUCCGAGCCUUGGUGGAGGAGGGGGCCAGUUUUCUGUCCAGCACCCUGGCCUCCCGUCACCGCCGCUUUGAGGAGUUUUUCCGUGAGCUGCUGGUGACAGCGGAGCGGGGCCUGCAAGCCAUGUUUACACGGACUUAUGGGCGCCUGUAUACCCAGAAUGCUCGGCUCUUCGUGGGGCUUUUUGCUGAGCUGCAGCGUCAGCAGCAGGGUGCCCGUCUCAGUCUGGCCGAGGUGCUGGAUGAGCUCUGGGUCCGGCUUCUGGAGCGGAUGCUGCCACUGCUCAACCCACAAUACCAGUUCCCCCCUGCAUACCUGGAGUGUGUGGGGCGCCAGGCAGAGGCUCUACGUCCCUUCGGGGACGUGCCCCGCAAACUGCGCCUGCAGGUGACACGGGCGUUUGGGGCAGCCCAGGCCUUUGUGCAGGGACUGGCCACUGGGCGUGAUGUGGUCACCAAGGCUGCCAAGAUGGCCCCCAGCAGCGAGUGCCUGCGAGCUGCCAUGCGCAUGUCUUACUGCCCACUAUGCCGCGGGAGCCCAGCCCUCAAGCCCUGCCGGGCUUUUUGCCUCAACGUGAUGAAGGGUUGCCUGGCAGCUGCCACUGCUCUGCACGCCGAGUGGGACCACUUCCUCGAUGCCCUGAUCCAGGUGGCCGAGCGGCUGGUGGGGCCCUUCAAUGUGGAACUGGCAGCUGAAUCCAUCGGGGUGAAGAUCUCGGAGGGAAUCAUGUACAUGCAGGAGAAUGGGGUGCAGACCUCUGCCAAGGUAUUCCAGGGCUGCUGCACCCCCCGCCCAGCGCCCGCCCGGUCCCGCCGUGCCACCCAGCCUGAAACCAAGCGUCGCUUCCGCACAUACCCCACUGAGGAGAAGCCCACCACGGCUGCAGGGACCAACCUGGACCGGCUGGUAAUUGAUGUGAAGGAGAAGCUGCAGCUGAUGCGGGGAUUCUGGCUUGGCCUGCCUCACACGCUCUGCAGUGAUGGCAAGGUGGCUGCUGAUGUAACCGAGGAGGACAAGUGCUGGAAUGGGCAGGCCCGAGGCAGGUACCUCCCGGACGUGACAGGCGAUGGGCUGGCCAACCAGAUCAAUAACCCCGAGGUGGAAGUGGACAUCACGCGUCCCAACUUGCUCACUCGCCAUCACCUCCUGCAGCUUCGUGCGGCCACCAGCCGCCUGCAGGGGGCCUACACUGGCCAGGACCUUGACUUCCAGGACACUUUUGCAGAUGAAGACGGCAGUGGCUCUGGGGGAGGCGAGCGGUACAGUGAGGAUGGGCCGGCCACAGGGGGCGGCAGCAGCAGCAGCACUGUGGGGUCCCGCCCCCCUGACUCCCGGUCCCCCCGCAGGGACCGCCCCAUCAAGGGCUCCCGGCAGAACCAUCACCCCAGUGGCAGCAGCAGCUGUGCUGCCUUCUGGAGGGGCUCUGCCCUCCUCCUUCUGCUCCCUGCCCUGGAGUGGCUCCUGCUGGGACAAUAACUCCCCAGGUGUAGGGGGGCUCUUGGGCUCUCCUCAGCCUGCCUCUACCAGGGGCUGUUUUGAGGGAAGGGAGAAUGAGGCAGGAAGCGGUCAGGGAAGGGAGUGUUGGGGAGCUAGGCAGAGAGGUUUGUCCAGGCCCCCUGGUUAGUGAGGCCCUGGGCCAAGCAAGCGAAUGUACUCUGAGGGCAGGGUUGUUCUCCACACAGAACUUUUAUUUUUUUACAUUUUUUUUACAGGGUAUAUUUAUUUAGGGGGUGAUUUUCUAAUAAGGCUGCAGCCAGGUUCAGUUUUAUAAGGAGGGGUGGGAGGGAUGGAUUUUUUUUCCUAGCCUCUUUCUACGACAGCAUUUCCCCAAGUUCACCCUACCCAUGAGGCAAGGUACAGCCCCCCUGCUUGGGAAGGCAAGCCUGGAGGAGUGGGACUGUCCUAGGUGGCAGAAGCUGGGGGCAUGAGGGAUUGGUAGCACAACAUACAGUAGAGGUUGCGCUGGAUCCGUUUUGUGAUGCGCUGGAGUGACUCUGGGGUGCUUGUGUCUUCCUACUACACAAUAAACAUGUUAAUUUAUUGACUCUGA